AUGACGGAUAAGCUACCCCCGCCACUUCUGGCGCUGUUCCAGCCGCGCCCACCCCUUCGAUAUCUACCCCCAAGCGAUCGCGCACCCGAGGACUGCGGGAAGAGUACCAUUUCCGGUGUCGCUCAGUUCCUUGCUGAUGCGAAAUCCGCCGAAGAGAUUCCCUACAAUGCCACUGAGAGCUGGAUCCAGCGCAAAUAUCGCCAAAAGAUUGAGAAGAAGCAACAGCAGGAGAAGCAACUUGCAGACGGUUUGCAAAACUUCAACCCUGAAAAAGAUCCUCAAGCUCGAGGCGAUCCAUUCAAAACUCUCUUUAUCGCGCGACUCAGUUAUGAAGUCAAAGAAGCCGACCUGGAACGAGAGUUCGGCCGAUUUGGUCCCAUUGAGAGAAUUACACUUGUCAAAGACACCACAUCGGACAAGAAAAAGAAGGCCCACCAGGGCUAUGCCUUCGUGGUGUAUGAGCGCGAGAAGGACAUGAAAGCUGCAUACAAAGAAACAGAUGGCAUCCGGAUUAAGGACCGUCGAGUCCUGGUAGAUGUUGAGCGUGGCCGUACCACAAAGGGAUGGAAGCCUCAACGUUUCGGUGGUGGUCUCGGUGGACGUGGCUAUACCAAGGCCAUGCCAUCCCGGCCUGGGGGUCCCGGAUUCAAUGCUCCCUCCGGUCCCGGUGGGUAUGGAGGUGGAUUCCGCGGUGGCUUCGGAGGCCGUGGUGGUGGUGGAGGUUUCCGUGGCGGCGGUGGCGGCGGCUUCCGUGGUGGUGGUGAUCGAUUUGGCGGUCCUCGCGGGGGAAUUGGAUACCAGGGCAACCGCAACGGCUUCGGUGGACAAGCUCCUCCCAAUGCCCCUUCGGGUCCCGGUGGUGGCCGUGGAGGAUUCAGAGGUGGUUACGGCGGCGGCGGCGGUGGUCCCCGGUUCGACCGUGGAGUAACUGGCAGCAAUUCGGAACCUGUGCGGCCUCGAGGAGAUGGCUAUGCUGACCGUGACCGUCGCGACUUUGACCGUGAUGACCGCUACAGAGACCGUGGUGGUGACCGUGGUGGGGAUCGUGAUCGCAUGGGAGACCGCAAUGGAGACCGAUACCGGGAUCGGGAUCGUGAGCGUGAUAGGUAUGGAGGCGGUGGCCGUGAGGACUAUGGACGCAAGCGACACCGCGAAGAUGAACCUGGACAGGAUGAUCCUCGUUCUAGGAGACGGUACUAG